CCCUCAAACAAAACAAAACAUAACAUCUUGUUAUGGUUGUCAUAUUCAAUUAUUUUCUUGAAUAGUGCGGGAAAUGAAUUCAAGAUUCAUCCGUUCGAUAUCUUCGUCAAGGUCUGAUGGGAAGAGUGAAAAUGAAAUGAGUAACGGCGAUGAAGAGUGUAGUAAUUACACUCGUGUGAGUAUCUUAAAUAUGAGGGGAGGUGAUGGACACAAUAGUUACGCUACCAACUCUCUUCUUCAGAGAAGAGUUUUAUCAAUGAGCAAGCCCAUAUUGGUUAAAAAUACCAAAGAAAUGAUGACAAACUUGGAAUUUCCUAAAUGCAUCAAAGUAGCAGAUUUAGGCUGUUCUUCUGGACAAAACACAUUUUUGGCGAUGUCUGAGAUCGUAAACACAAUUAAUGCGUUAUGUCAAGAACGGAACCAAAACCCACCAGAGAUUGAUUGCUGUCUGAACGAUCUCCCUGGUAAUGAUUUCAACACGACGUUCAAGUUCAUAAGUUUCUUCAACGACAAGCUCACAAGCAAUACACCAUGCUUUGUCUCUGGAGUUCCUGGUUCCUUUUACUCAAGGCUCUUUCCUAGCAAGAGUCUCCAUUUCAUUCAUUCAAAUUACAGUGUUAAUUACCCCUCUAAGGUUCCGGAAGGACUGGAGAAGAACAAGAUGGGUGUGUACAUAACAAGUUCAAGUCCUCUAAGUGAAUACAAGGCUUACUUGAAUCAGUUCCAAAAAGAUUUUAAUACAUUUCUAAGAAUGCGGUCUGAAGAGAUGGUAUCUAAUGGACGCAUGGUUAUCACAUUACUCGGCAGAAACACUAUAGAUGAUCCGUUGUACAGGGACUGUUGUCAUCAUUUGACAUUGUUAUCCGAUUCUCUGCGCGACCUAGUCAUCGAGGGACUUGUGAGUGCAUCAACGGUGAAUUCAUUCAACAUGCCAUUUUAUGAUCCGACCGAAGAAGAAGUAAAAGAAAUUAUUAGAAAUGAGGGGUCAUUCCAAAUAAACGACUUAGAGACGCAUGCAUUUGAUCUUGGCCAUAGUAAGGAAGAAAGUAGCUUGCAAUCAUGUAGAGCUAAAUCAGGGGAAAAAGAGGCUAAUUGCAUUAGAGCAGCGACUGAAACGAUGCUCGUAGCGCACUUUAGAGAUGCCAUUAAUAUCGAUACAUUGUUUGCAAAAUAUGCACACCAUGUUUCUCAACAUGCUAGCUGCAUAAACAAAACGUCUAUCACUCUAGUGGCUUCAUUGGUUCGGAAAUAAUCUUACUAUACAUCAAGGAAUUAAAAAAAAAAUACAUCAAGGAAUAACUUGUUUAAUGCUUACGAUUUGCUAUGCCUCCAAUUAAAAACUACUUGCAAUAAAUGG